AUGUAUAUUUGUUUUUUGUGGCAGGCACUAUUAAAAGCCUUGGCUGAGACAGAACUGGACGAUGCAAAGGACCUACUGGAGGCGGACGUGCCACAAUUGAACGCCAUCAUCAGGGAGCGGGGCUCCGUGCAGCUCUCCUUCAUCCAAGAGCCCGUCUCAGUGCGAGGCUGGCCCCUGGGCCUGGCUCUGGCCUCGGCCCCUUCCAUCACCAUGUCUCUUACAGCCACGGGCUUCCAGAAGAUGGUGUCUGUCAUGGCCUCCCUCAACCUGCCCUCCAGGAGAGGGGAGUACAAGUUGGAGCCCAACCAGUACUCGCAGGAGCUCGCCUCCAUACGGGCCCAACCCAAGGGAUCUGUAAAGCUGCACUACCGGCGGUCUCCACUCCUCUACGCUGACAGGAAGCCCGACAUGAAGAGUGACAUGAGCGGGUUCAACGCCAUCCUGCUCGAGAAAACUUUGUAAGAGCUCCUCCUUUCGCUGAACACUAAUGUCUGAUUACUUGCACACAGAUUAAGGAUAAUCUGGCACAGAGGUGCUUUUGCAGUGAAGCAUCUGCUCUUCCAUAAUGUGACACAGAGGGAACAAACCUGACAUUUUAUUCUGGCAUUUUGUUAAAAUGUGUUCAAAGGGACCAUUUUCAGCUUCAUCUUUUUUUAAAUGAUGCCAAAGUUGAUCUCUCACUGUGUUAUACACAGCUGCCAAUACCUGCAACACAUGCCCCGGGGAGUAGUAAUAUUUUUGAACUACCAGGAGGUCAGGUAAGAUAAUGUAGUGUGCUGGGCCUUAUUAAGGUCUGUAGUACAAUCAGAACACUGAACAGCCACAUUUGAAAUCAGACCAAUAGAAAACCAUGAUUGAACAGAGUAGUGAUUAUUAUAAUGUCACUGCAGGACAAGACAAAAUAUAUUUUUAUUAUUCGUAGUCCUUGUCUGGAAAACUGUAAAUACAUAGCACAAACUUAAAACCUUUCAAAAAACCAGACUUCAGGUUUUUGUCUCCUUGAUGCCUCUUCAGAACAUCUGACUGCUGAUCGAACUAUUUGGCCUUUGACAAGUGCCUUUCUUAUAAUCUACAAUCAAAUCAUAAAUGUGCUUAUUUAUUUAAGGGUGAUUGUUUGUGUGAUUUUUAUAGAUUUAUUUUGGUUGUAUAAACACAUAGGUCGGAUGCGCAGAUUAUCCGGUUAUUAGAACCAGCAUUUAUUUUGAAAGUAAAUGAUGCUUUAAAAAAGUAAAGUAUUGCACACGUAAAGCACAUCUUGCACAUUAAAACUACACAUCUGCUAAUAUGCAGCUAUAGACACACAAUUAAUGACCAAGCACACACGUCACUUAUGUGAUACAGGGAAAGAAUAAACCCAGGUUUAUUCAAAAUGCUGCUUUUUGUUUGACAAGGGUCUUUCUUAUUCGCACAUCUGUCAAAUGUCUGGCCAAAACACUGUGUGGAUUUGCUGCAGAAGGUCCUGCAGAACAAUACCAAAGUCUUUGUACUCCAAUGUUUUGUGUCGGAGAAUAAACAUAAGUGCCAUCAAGUUUUGCUAUAGUCUUUUUCAAAAUAUAUUUUAUAAUAACGUGACAAUUGUGUUCAUGUAACUGACAUUGAUGUUUAAUAUCCUUUAAGCUUUUGGCUAAAAGGACAUGUCUCUUGUUAUACAUUUCAUCUUAAUUUGAUUACUAAAUAAUGUAUUUUAACCGGCUUCCAGCUGUUGAUUUACUUAAAUGUGUUUUUGAAUAAAAAAAUAUAUAUGUAUACUGCUUGUCAGUGGUACCAAGGGAUCAAUGUGUAAAACUUGAAAUAUUAAUAUUUAAAUGACUUAUUGAAAUAAACUUUAUGCAUUU